GAAAUAUCGGUUUUUUCUGACUUCUGUUCCUUCGCUUCAAUGGCUAGCAACUCUCAAUUCCCUAGCAUGCAGCCGCCUCGACUUCCUCUAGCUGGUCCUCCUCAAAGUGCUUAUACACCCAUGCCGGUGCCGCCACAGUUCAGACCACAUAUGGUUCCACCACAGCCAUUCAUCCCAGGACCUUCUCAACAAUUUCAGCCUCUCGGGCAUACAAAUGUUAUGAUGCCUCCCCCUCCUUCACAAGUCCCGUUUCCUCAGCCAAUGCAGCAGAUGCAUGGUAGAUCUAUUGCAGGAGCGCACAAUGUUCCUUCACCACAGGCAAUUCCACCACCACCUGAUUUUGCAAACAGGCCCGUCACACCUGUUGCUCUUCAACCUCAACAAAACUUUCAAAUGUCAAAUAACUAUAUGCCUUGCCCCAAUGGAUCAAGUUUGCCAGUUUCUUCUUCGUUCAAGAUGGAUUCAGAGUCUUCUGGAAGUCUACACAAGGCACAAAAAAGCAAUUCUAUGUUUCCCGUUGGCGGACAGCCAUGUGUGUUGCCUGGGAACCCUAGCAAUAAUUCUAAAAACAUGCCCAUGGAGCAGAGCAAAGAACCCUUGCUAAAAAGGGGAGAAGAAAGCAAUACCGCUAUUUUGGAAGCAAAUCCUAGGCUUGGAUCUGCUGAUAAGAUGGAGUCAAGUUGGAUAGAACAUACUGCCCGCACCGGCAAAAAAUAUUAUUACAACUUGAGGACAAAAGUAUCUAGCUGGGAGAAACCUUUGGAGUUGAUGACUGCAAUUGAGAAGGCUGAUGCUUCCACCAACUGGAGAGAAUGUACAAGCCCUGAUGGGAAUAAGUACUAUUACAACAAGAUUACCAAGGUGUCCAAAUGGGCAAUACCUGAUGAAUUGAAGUUGGUUCGCGAGAUGGUCAAAUUGGAGCCAAUCAAGGUGUUAGAACAAGAAAACAGUGGUGUCUCUCAUACCCUUGAUAAAACAUUGCUUUGUAGUGCCAAAGCAUCUCCUAGCGCAGCUUGUUUAUCAGCCUUACCUCAAGAAGCUGGAGCAAGCCCAAUAUCAGUGGCAAUAGUAGUCACUAACGAACUGUUAAGCCUAUCUGAUAAUGUAUCUAAAUCACCAACCGAGUCAGUUGGCAUGCAAACUCCUUCCAAAACUGCUUCACCAGUUGUCAAGUCAGAUGGACAUGGAGUGUCUACCACCCCAGCUGACCCUAUCACAACUCAAAUGGUUUCUGAGAUUUCUUCAGUUCAUGAUGCUGCAGCUGAUACAGAUAGAGGUUCUCCAGGAAAGACACAGGAAGUUGAGAAAAGUGCUGGAGUUUCUGAAAAGGGAAGUGUUGCUUCGUCAGAUGAGAAAUUGACUGAGCCAUCACCCUUAGUUUACCCUAGCAAACUGCGAAAACAGGCUUUUAAUGAGUACGUGGAACAAAAGAAAACACAUGAAGCAGAGGAGAAGCGUGCCAGACAGAAAAAAGGGAAAGAAGAUUUCAAAAUAAUGUUAGAGGAGUGCAAAGAGCUAACAUCUUCCACUAGAUGGAGUAAGGCAAUAUAUAUCUUUGAAAACGACGAACGCUAUAAAGCUGUUGAACGUCCAAAGGAUCGUGAGGAUCUUUUUCAAGAUUACAUACAAGAACUUGACAAAAAGGAAAGGGCAAAGGCGUUGGAAGCGAACAAGCAAAAUCGAAUUGAAUACUUGGAAUUUUUAAAAUCCUGUGACUUCAUUAAGGCAAGCAGCCAAUGGCGGAAGGUCCAAGAUCGCAUAGAAGCUGACGAAAGGUGCUUGUGCCUGGAGAAAAUUGACCGCUUGGAAAUUUUUCAGGAGUAUAUUCGUGACUUAGAAAGGGAAGAGGAGGAGCAGAGGAAAUUACGCAUGGAGGAAUUGAGGAAAACAGAACGUAAAAAUCGUGAUGAAUUUCGCAAGCUGAUGGAAGAGCAUGUUUCUGAAGGUGCUCUCACAGCUAGAACUCACUGGCGUGAUUACUGCGUGAAGGUGAAAGACUCACUUGCCUAUCUUGCUGUAUCAUCCAACACAUCGGGGUCAACAGCAAAAGAUUUGUUUGAAGAUGUUGUAGAGGAGCUGGAGAAGCAGUUUGUUGAUGAUAAGGCUCGGAUAAAACAUGCAAUUAAAGUGCAUGAGAUUGCCCUGACAACAAGUUGGACAUUUGAGAACUUAAAGGCUGCAAUUUCAGAAGAUAUUAGCUCACCUCCCAUAUCAGACACUAACUUGAAGUUUGUUUUUGAAGAAUUACUGGAAAGAGCUAGAGAAAAAGAAGAAAAAGAAGCUAAAAGACUUAAACGUCUUGCAGAUGAUUUCUAUGAACUUUUAAGUGUUUCCAAGGAAAUCACAGCAUCGUCAAGAUGGGAGGACUGCAAACCAUUUCUUGAUGACAGGAAGAUGAGUGAAGAGGGCUUUUUGCGAGAUAUAUUUGAUAAAUUUGUUGCUGGCCUGAAAGAAAAGGCAAAAGAGAAGGAAAGAAAGCGAAGGGAAGAGAAGGCCAGGAAGGAAAAGGGAAAUGAAAGGAAGGGGAGGGAGAAAGAAAAACAUAGAAGGGAUAAAGACAGAGAAGAUGAAAGCAGGAGUAGGAAAAAAAGGGGCAGGAAGGAAAGUACAGACAGCGAUGAUAAAACUGAGUCAUACAGUUAUGAAAACAACCGAAGAUCUGAAAGCGAGAGAGGAAGGAAACACAGAGAGCAACAGCAUUCACGUUCCAUUGAUGAAGGUGAAAAUGAGAAGCGUGGUCAAUCAAGGAGUACUCACCAAAACAAUAAUCGUGAUCACAAGAAGUCAAAGCAGGAGUCCGUGGAGCACCAUGGAUGGGCAUCUGAAACAAAACCUGAUGGUCACCACAAGAAAUACAUGAGAGAUUACCGGAGGAGCGGCGGCAGCCAUCAUAGAAAUGGCAGCGAUUAUGUGGACGGCGAGGAUGGGGAGGUUCGGUAAAAUUCCGUUUUUACUUUCCCAACUUGUCAAUUCUGAAUCUCGGAUAGAUUUGUAUUAUUUGGGAAAUUCAUAUGCAGGGAUUAACUGUAAAAUGUGUGUAUUUUGCAAUAAAAAAACUUUGGCUGCUUUGAAAUUAAAAAUAAAAAAGGAGUUUCUAGGAAGGGGACGGUGGUCUUGAGAUUAGGGACUAAUCAAGCAUGUUCUCCGUA